AUGGCUGCAGAUUUCUCUGCCACCAAACUCAACGCAGACAGCCAUGUCCUGCUCGACCAGCCUCUUCUUCGCCUCCCGCAUGAACUCGUCAAACGCAAUUUCAGGAAUACACAACGCUAUGUGGAGCGAGAGAGAGACUACAUCCUCCCCGCCCUCAAGGAUGCCGCAAAUGCUGCGCUCAGCUCAUCCCAAACCACGGAGCAGACGCUCGCCUCGCUUGACGCCAUGAUCCAAAGAAUGCAGAACUUCAAACGCAAGUUGGAAAAGCUACACAUCGAGGAAGAAGCCCUCCAUGACCAUUCGGCCAAGCGAAUCAAGCAUUUACAAGACCUCUAUGACAUCCCCUCUCUCGUGGACGUGAAGUACGACCAGUGGUCUCGAACUCGUCUGGACCGCCUAAUUGUCGACUACCUUCUCCGCUCGGGCUACUCAAAGACAGCCGUCUCGCUCGCCGAAUCCAAACAGAUCUCUCAUCUGAUUGACCUCGAUACAUUUGUUACUUGCCAGAAAAUUGCCUCUUCACUCACCCGGGGCGAAACCAAGGAGGCCCUUGCCUGGAUCAACGAGAACAAAAACUCCCUCAAGAAACUCGUUACAGCGCCUCACAAAACCACCGAUCUCGAAUUUGAACUCCGUUUUCAGCAAUUCAUUGAACUCGUCCGCGCAGGGACGACCGCCAAGAAACUCGAAGCGAGAGUUCAUGCCCAACAACAUCUGACGCCGCACACUGCGUCCCGAGCAGAGUCCAUCAUGCAGGCAGCUGGCUUAUUAGUCCAAUCGCCCGACACUGAAGCCGAACCAUAUCGAACACUGUUUGCUCCGUCGCGGUGGCACCAUUUAUCUAACUUAUUCGUCGAAACCCAUCAUACUUUACUCUCUCUGCCAGUUCAGCCCCUCCUCCACGUCGCUCUGUCCGCGGGCCUUUCAGCAUUGAAAACGCCCGCGUGCCACAGCGCCUAUAACCCUGCCAGUUCUUCGACACCGGGCCACGCCCGGAUCGCCACGAAUUCCUCUCUGUGUCCUAUCUGCAGCAUGGAGCUAAACGAUCUGGCACGCAAUGUCCCCUACGCACAUCACACCGUUAGUUCCGUAGAACCGGAUCCUGUCGUCUUACCGAAUGGACGUAUCUACGGCCGCGAACGGCUGGAAGAGUUACAGCGGAAACUUAUCGGCAAGGAAGGAGAAGUGAGAGAUCCCACGACUGGGCAAAGUUUCACCUGGGAUCAGGUUAAGAAGGUUUAUAUCAUGUGA